AGGCCUGAAGGGAAGGCGAGGGAUGGAGGGAAUGGGGAGACCCCGGGGACGGAGAGGAGGUCUGGGGGAAGAGGACAUCUGGUUAAGCUGAAAGAACUGUAACACCUGUGGCUCGUCACCAUGCCCUCCGAUCUGGCUAAGAAGAAGGCAGCCAAGAAGAAGGAAGCUGCUAAAGCCAGGCAGCGGCCCAGAAAAGGCCAUGAGGAGAAUGGAGAUGCUGUCACCGAGCCACAGGUGGUAGAGGAGAAAAAUGAGGAAGCAAAUGGCAAAGAAACCUCAGAAGUUGAUUUGCUGACCAAGGAGCUGGAAGACUUUGAGAUGAAGAAAGCUGCUGCCCGAGCUGUCACUGGAAACUUGGCCUCUCACCCCAAUAGCACUGACGUCCACAUCAUUAAUCUCUCACUCACUUUCCAUGGCCAAGAGCUACUCAGUGACACGAAGCUGGAGUUGAACUCAGGGCGUCGCUAUGGUCCCAUUGGUCUCAAUGGAAUUGGAAAAUCCAUACUGCUGUCUGCUAUUGGUAAGCGGGAAGUGCCUAUUCCAGAGCACAUUGAUGUCUGCCACCUGACUAGGGAGAUGCCCCCCAGUAACAAAACACCCCUGGAGUGUGUGAUGGAGGUGGAUACAGAGAGGGCUAUGCUGGAGAGAGAGGCUGAGCAGCUUGCCUGUGAGGAUGCGGAAUGUGAGAAGCUGAUGGAGUUGUAUGAACGAUUAGAGGAGUUGGAUGCAGACAAGGCAGAGAUGAGGGCCUCACGAAUUCUACACGGUUUGGGCUUCACACCUGCCAUGCAACAAAAGAAACUCAAGGACUUCAGUGGUGACUGGAGAAUGAGAGUUGCUCUUGCCCUUUUUAUCCGGCCCUUCAUGCUGCUGUUAGAUGAGCCCACUAACCACCUGGACCUGGAUGCCUGCGUUUGGUUAGAAGAAGAGCUGAAGACCUUCAAGCGAAUUCUGGUCCUCGUCUCCCAUUCCCAGGACUUCCUGAUUGGCGUUUGUACUAAUAUCAUCCACAUGCAUAAUCGGAAGCUGAAGUAUCACACAGGUAAUUAUGACCAGUAUGUGAAGACACGUUUGGAACUGGAAGAAAAUCAGAUGAAGUGUUUCCACUGGGAACAAGAUCAGAUUGCUCACAUGAAGAACUACAUUGCUCGAUUUGGUCACAGCAGUGCCAAGCUGGCCCGACAGGCCCAGAGCAAGGAGAAGACACUGCAGAAGAUGAUGGCAUCGGGGCUGACGGAGAGGGUUGUUUGCGAUAAGACACUUUCAUUUUAUUUCCCGCCAUGUGGGAAGAUUCCUCCACCUGUUAUCAUGGUGCAGAAUGUGAGCUUUAAGUACACAGAUGAUGGGCCCUGCAUCUAUAACAACCUGGAGUUUGGAAUUGACCUGGAUAUUUGUGUUGCUCUAGUGGGGCCCAAUGGAGCUGGAAAGUCAACGCUGUUGAAGCUGCUAACAGGAGAGCUGCUGCCUACAGAUGGGAUAAUUCAAAAACACUCUCAUGUCAAGAUUGGCUGCUACCAUCAGCAUUUACAAGAGCAACUGGACUUGGAUCUGUCCCCCUUAGAAUAUAUGCUCAAGUGCUACCCAGAGAUCAAGGAGAAGGAGGAGAUGAGGAAGAUCAUUGGUCGAUAUGGCCUAACUGGGAAGCAGCAGGUGAGCCCAAUCCGCAACCUCUCAGAUGGGCAGAAGUGUUGGGUGUGCCUGGUUUGACUGGUGUGGCAGAAUCCCCACAUGCUCUUCCUGGAUGAGCCCAUCAACCAUCUAGACAUUGAGACAACAGAUGCUUUGGCUGAUGCCAUCAACGAGUUUGAGGGUGGCAUGAUGCUAGUCAGCCAUGACUUCCGGCUCAUCCAACAGGUUGCCCAGGAGAUCUGGGUCUAUGAGAAGCAGACAAUCACUAAGUGGUCUGGUGACAUCUUGGCCUACAAAGAACACCUUAAGUCCAAGCUGGUAGAUGAGGAGCCCCAGCUCACCAAGAAGACCCACAAUGUGUGAGCUAGCCACGACAGGUUUCGGUCAGGACCUUGGUCUGGGGACUGAACCAUCUGCUACCCUGACCAGCCCCCCAGGACUGGAC